AUGGAGAGGAGAACUGCGUUAUUCUGGAUCCCGAAACAAACUACAACCUAAUGAACUGUUUCUAACUUCAGCGAAAAUCUAUCCCCAGCUGUCCUCCAUGGCGGAAUCACCGGAGACUGACAUAUUUGGAUUAUUGAAAGUGCAACUAGUGACUAACGGUCAACAGUGGUGAUGAUGAACUUCAAGACUUUUCACACUUUCAUAAAUUCAGAGUGGAUUGAAGGAAGGUGGACUAAGUGAAGAACCCCCCCUCAUCCACCCUCUCCCAGCAGUGUGAAACAUGCCCUUGCCAUUUGGCUUAAAACUCAAAAGGACUCGCCGGUAUACUGUUUCAAGCAAGAGCUGUCUGGUCACACGAAUUCAGCUCCUCAAUGGAGAGUUUGUUGAGUUUACUCUGUCAGUGGAGAGCACUGGGCAGGAAUGUUUGGAGGCUGUUGCACAGAGACUGGAGUUAAGAGAGAUCACCUACUUCAGCCUGUGGUACUUCAACAAGCAGAACCAGCAGAGAUGGAUCGACUUGGAAAAGCCCCUGAAGAAGCAGCUGGACAAGUACGGGCUGGAGCCCACCGUUUACUUUGGAGUCGUGUUUUACAUACCCAGCGUUGCCCAACUGCAACAGGAGAUCACAAGAUAUCAGUAUUACCUCCAGCUGAAGAAGGAUGUUCUGGAGGGCAAGAUCUCUUGCUCAUUGGAGCAGGCGAUACGUCUGGCUAGCCUGGCUGUGCAGGCUGACUUUGGAGACUUCAAUCGAUAUGAUUCUCAGGAGUUCCUACAGAAGUUUGCACUAUUUCCUAUUGACUGGAUACAGGAUGAGCGAGUGCUGGAGGAGGCCACUCAGAAAGUGGCGCUUCUCUAUCAGUCUUUCAGAGGGUUGUCGGCCCCGGAGGCGGAGAUGUUGUACAUGCAGGAGGUGGAGAAGAUGGAAGGCUAUGGCCAGGAAAGCUAUCAAGCCAAGGACAGCACAGGCACCGAUGUUACCCUUGGAUCCUGUCUUGAUGGCAUUUUUGUCAAGCACAAAAACACACGGCCGCUCCUUCUAUUUAGGUGGCCUGAAAUUAACAACAUGAGUCACAACAGGUCCUUCUUCGCCCUGGAGCUAACCAGCAGAGAGGAGAGCGUUCAGUUCCAGACCGAAGACAUGGAAACCUCCAAAUAUGUGUGCCGGAUGUGUCUGGCCAGACUCAAGUUUUAUAAGAUCAACAAGAGUAGCCUUCAAUCCCAGCCGACAGUCGUGAACCCCGUCAGACGAAGGUCCUCCACUCGAAUCUCUCUGCCAAAGCCACAGGCCUACAUGAUGCCCCCUCCGCAGAUGCACUACAAUGGGCAUUUCACAGAGCCUUACACAUCGUCACAGGAUAAUCUCUAUAUGAACAGUCAGAACGGUUUCUACUACCACUCCCAGACCAGCCUGGACUGCCCCCCUCUGGAAUACGGCAGCGGGAGGUUAAGAAACGGCAGCGUGUACAGCGCCCACAGCACCAGCUCCCUGACCAACCCGCAGCACUACCUGCAGCCCUCGCCCAUGUCCUCCAACCCCUCCAUCACCAGCGACGUGGCCCGGCCGGACUACGUGCCCUCCCACCGCCACAGCGCCCUCAUCCCGCCGUCCUACCGGGCCACCCCGGACUACGAGACGGUGAUGCGUCAGAAGAACCGGGGGGCGGGCGGCGGGCUCCUCCUGUCCCAGGAGCACCGGCAGAGCCACUCCAUGAGAAACCUCAACAUCGGGAACUCGUACGCCUACAGCAGGCCCGACCCGCUCGUCUACAGCCAGCCGGAGAUCAGAGGGGAGCACGGCGGCGGGGCGGCCCAGCACCACCACUACCCCUUCCACCUGGGCUCCAGCUUCCACAGCCCGUCCCCGUACCCCUACCCUCCAGAGCGGAGGUCCGUGGUGGGCGCCGUCAGCGUCCCAGAGCUCACCAACGUCCAGCUGCAGCAGGCGCAGGAGUACCCGGCCCCCAACAUCAUGAGAACUCAGGUCUACAGACCGCCCCCGCCUUACCCCUACGCCCACCCGCGGCCCGCCAACAGCACGCCCGACCUGUCGCGCCACCUGUACGUCAGCAGCAGCAAUCCGGACCUGAUCAUCACGCGGCGCGUGCAUCACUCGGUCCAGACCUUCCAGGAGGACAGCCUGCCCGUGGCGCACUCGCUACAGGAAGUUUCCGAGCCUCUCUUCAGCGGGCCGCCCCACAGACACCCGUACCUGGCUCAGAAGCGAAACUCCAUUGAAAUAGCGGGACUGGCACACAGCUUCGAGGGGGUGAGGGUCAAAGAGAGGACCGUGUCGUCGUCCUCUGCCGCCGAGGCGGCCACGCCCCCUCCGGCGAUCCGCGGCGUUCACUCCCAGGGCUCCCAGCUCAACGUGUUUCUGGAGCGAACCAAGACGGAAGACAGGGGGGACGUCCGGGAGGACGUGCAGUACGGACACAAAAAGUCCCUCUCGGACGCCACCAUGCUGGUUCACAGCAGCGGUGAGGAGGAGGAGUUCGAGGACGACAGCGGCCGCCACACUCCGCUGUCUCAGGACGCUGCGGGGGCCGCCGCCAUUUCCGAGCAGCCGCCGCCACCACCGCAGCAGCAUCGCAGUCUGACGUCUCUGGCCUCGCUCUCCAGCCAGCAGCAGAUGCCCAUCGAGCCGCCGCCCGCCUACCCCAUCGGCUCCGCCCUGGAACCCUCCAUCUCCGGUCCUCUGGCCUACAAGAUUCACCCGCUGAUCCAGGAGAGCGAGCCGCUGUACCUGCUGUCGGAGCUGCGCCAGCCCAGGAUCAUGCCCUCGGUGUCGGAGGGGGACCUGAGCGGCCAGGCCAAGCAGAAGACCAAGAAGGACUUCAAGAAGCGGCCGGUGUCCGACGUGCCGCCGGGGAAGAAAGCCGUGGAAGGUCUGCCGCCCCCGGGCAUGAAGAAAGGAGCCAGGUCGGAGGUGAAGAAGAUGGGCCCGCUGAAGGUGGCCCAUCUCAACGGGCUGUCUGUGUCCCGGCAGCCCGUCCACAGCCAGGUCAAGGAUGAGCCGGAGCGAGCCUCCAAUGACGAGAGGUGUAAGGCGCUGGAGCAGCACAUGGAGAUGGGCGAGCUGAUGAAGGAGUACGAGAGCAUCCCCAAGCGCCACCCCGGCGCCGAGUGCAGCGUCGCUCAGCUGCAGGAGAGCGGCGACAAGAACCGCUUCCAGGACGUCCUGCCGUACGACGACACCCGGGUGGAGCUGGUGCCCACCAAGGAGAACAACACGGGCUACAUCAACGCCUCGCACGUUCGAAUAACAGUCAGCGGACAGGAGUGGAGCUACAUCGCCACGCAGGGUCCGCUGUCCAGCACGUGCCAGGACUUCUGGCAGAUGGUGUGGGAACAGGGAGUCUCCAUCAUCGCCAUGGUUACAGCAGAGGAGGAGAGCGGCCGGGAGAAGAGCUACCGGUACUGGCCCCGGCUGGGCUCGCGCCACAACACGGUGACGUACGGCCGCUUUAAGAUCACCACGCGCUUCCGCACCGAGUCCGGCUGCUACGCCACCACGGGGCUGAAGAUCAAACACCUCCUGACGGGCCAGGAGAGGACCGUGUGGCACCUGCAGUACACCGACUGGCCCGACCACGGCUGUCCGGAGGACUUCAAAGGCUUCCUCACGUACCUGGAGGAGAUCCAGUCUGUUAGGAGACACACCAACAGCAUCAGCGACCCGAAGAACACCAACCUGCCGGUGCUGGUGCACUGCAGCGCCGGCGUGGGCCGCACCGGGGUCGUCAUCCUGUCAGAGGUCAUGAUCGCGUGUCUGGAGCACAACGAGCCGCUGAACGUCCCCAAGUUCCUGAUGAAGCUGCGCGCUCAGAGGAUGCUGAUGGUUCAGACUUUGUCUCAGUACACCUUCGUCUACAAAGUCCUCAUCGAGUACCUCCGCAACUCCAGACUCAUCUGAUCCGGCUCCCGUGCCUUUGAUGCCAAGUUGCACUGGAACAAUGCAGCUGCCUUAAAUGUGGUUUAAAACAAAGAGAGGGUGGGGAGGGGCGCCAUUCACGAAGACCUGCCUCUAAUCAGUAUUAUUGAGAUUUAAAGCAGAGCACUUUGAUAGUAUCUGGCUGUACAGAUGAACCAACAUGAAGCUUCAUUCAGUUCUGUGUAAUGAUGUGUUAUCAAAACAAAAAACCAGCUGAUUUCUCUUCCUCUUUCAGAGUGCUGUUGCAGUUAUUACUGGUUCUCACCAUGAAGGACGUUUCUGUAGUUAUGAAGUGAACUAAAGCUUGUGAAAGCACGGUUUGAUAUGAAGGUGUGAGUGAGAAUUCAUAUUGAAGGAGACCUGCUGAAAGACGGGCGGGGGGGCCGCGGCGGCCCCGUCUCUCAGACACUGGAUCCACGGAUCACGAUCGACGAGGACGAAAUGAAGUCUGCAGGUUUUCUGGGUUUAUAGAACAACUGGAAAUCUUAUUUUAUACUUUAGUUUUUUUUUUUUUAUCUUAAUUUUUGGAUUGAUUGCUGUAUUUGAACAUCCAUUGAAGACAAAGUGCCUCUGAGUGUGUGUGUGUGUGUGUGUGCGUGCGUGUGUGUCGACGCUGCAGCUGAUGGAAAAACAUGAAGUGUCCUUCGUUACCAAAUGGCCCGACACAAUCGUGUCCCACUGCGAUCAGAAACUAAUGUUUACAGGCACUGCACGAGUGAAACUUUCUUUCUUCCCCUCGUUAUUGGAGUGUUUCCAACUGAAGGUGCCAACGAACCAUGUAGCCAGAGUGAUCCAAAUAUGACUUAACCUGAUGCUUUGGGGGUUUUUUAAUGUACAAAUCUGAUUUUAUUUGAAGAAAAAUAAACCUGUUUCUGAUGCUGUUGAUUGUUUUCACUGAGAUUUCAGUGUCAGAUUUGUUUUUUGUUUUUUUUUUGGUUUUGAUUAUAAACGAGUCUUAGUUUGGAGACUGAAGAGCUUUUUUUUUUUGUCCAUGUACAGCCAUGUGCAUAAUGUACACAAUGUAAAAUUCUUCUUUAAUGAAUAUUGGUUAUUGUACAAACUGUAUAGACUGUAUCUACUGAACGACACGCGGUAUGCCAUUGGA